AGAGUACAUGGUACACAAUUUCCCCCGCGCUCCAAACCGCCAAAAACCGCACCCACACUUGAUGCCACUCCACACACCCCGCCGGGAGCUUUGAGGGGGCUGUCGCCAUGGGGAAGCAGAAGCAACAAGUAAUUUCUCGUUUCUUUGCACCCAAACCCAAAACCCAAGAAGAUUCUUCCUUUCCCAACGAUCCAUCAUCAUCCUCAUCUUUGGCGUCCCCCUCCCAAUCACAACCACCGCCAACCCCACCUCCGAAAGUUUUGUCCACCGUCUCAUUUUCACCCGCCAAACGCCUUAGGACUUCCCGGCUCCUCUCUCAAUCUCCAGCAUCAUCUGGUCACACCCCACAAUCCCUUUUCCCUAAACCCUCCAAAAAACCCAAACUUUCACCCCACACCCAUAAUCCUAUACCCCCUCUCUCCAAUCCUACUCUUCACGAAAAGUUUUUAAAGAAACUCCUGGAACCCUCUCAAGAGCUUUUAGAGACCUCCAAGAAUCAGCCGAUUGUGAAUCCGAAGUACACCCCAUUGGAGCAGCAAGUGGUGGAGCUCAAGGCCAAGUACCCCGAUGUCCUGUUGAUGGUCGAAGUCGGGUAUAAAUAUAGGUUUUUUGGUGAAGAUGCGGAGAAUGCUGCAAGGAUUUUGGGGAUUUAUGCUCAUAUGGAUCAUAAUUUCUUGACUGCAAGUAUACCCACUUUUCGGCUGAAUGUCCACGUGCGGAGGCUUGUGAGUGCAGGGUACAAAGUUGGCGUGGUGAAACAGACUGAAACUGCAGCAAUUAAGGCUCAUGGGACCAAUAAACUGGGACCCUUUUGCCGCGGAUUAUCAGCAUUGUACACCAAGGCCACCUUGGAGGCUGCCGAAGAUUUGGGUGGUGGUGAGGAGGGGUGUAGUUCAUGUAAUAAUUAUUUGGUUUGCGUUGUGGAGCAGGAGGUUGAGAUUGUGAAGGCUGCCCUUGAGAGUGGGGUUGACGUGAAAAUUGGCGUUAUUGGAGUUGAAAUUUCGACUGGGGAUGUCUUGUAUGGGGAGUUCAGUGAUAAUUUUUUGAGAAGUGGUCUGGAGUCUAUGGUUUUAAACUUGUCUCCUGCUGAGUUACUUCUGGGGAAACCACUAUCGAAGCAGACUGAGAAGUUGCUCGUAGCAUAUGCUGGACCGGCCUCAAAUAUCCGUGUUGAACAUACCUCACGAGAUUGCUUCACAGAAGGUGGUGCACUUGCUGAAGUGAUGUCUCUGUUUGAGGGGAUGACUGGAAAUAAGCUAGGAGAUUCCCAUCACAAGGGAGAUGUAGAGGCCAAAGAAAAUGACAGCAACUGCUCUCCAUUUGAGGGAAUUAUGGCACUGCCUGAUUUGGUAAUCCAAGCAUUAGGUCUAACCAUUCGUCAUCUCAAGCAAUUUGGUCUUGAAGGAGUUCUCUGCUUGGAAGCUUCAUUCCGGCCUCUAUCUACCAAAUUGGAGAUGACCCUUACUGGCAAUGCACUUCAACAACUGGAGGUUCUGAAGAAUAAUGCUGACGGUUCAGAGUCUGGCACCUUGCUGCAGUGUAUGAAUCAUACUCUUACAAUAUUUGGUUCAAGGCUUCUUAGGCAUUGGGUGGCUCAUCCUUUAUGCGAUAGAAGCAUGAUAUAUGCUCGUCUUGAUGCAGUUUCUGAGAUUGUGGAAUCUAUGGGGGCUUUUAAAGCUUCUAGUAAUUGUGAAAGUGACGGUGAAGAAUCCGAUAUCAUUACUAUGCAGCCUGAAGUUCAUGAUAUUCUUUCUUCGGUAUUGACCUCUUUGGCUAGAUCACCUGAUAUUCAACGUGGGAUAACAAGAAUAUUCCAUCGAACAGCCAAAGCAGCAGAGUUUAUAGCUGUCAUUCAAGCUAUUCUACUUGCUGGGAAGCAGCUUCAGCAACUUCAUGGUCAGGAGGAGAUGGAAUACAAGAAUUUGCAGACAACAGUUCACUCGCCCCUGCUGGGGAAGUUAAUAAUGGCGGCUUCAUCAUCAAGUAUCCUUGGUACGGCUGCAAAACUAUUGUCUGGGCUCAAUAAAGAAGCUGCUGAUCAAAAAGAUCUUCACAAUUUAUUCAUCAUCUCUGAUGGACAAUUCCCAGAGGUUGCCGAAGCAAGGCAAAAAGUUCAGUUGGCUAAUGAGAACUUAGAUUCGAUGAUUAGCAUUUAUCGUAAACAAGUGCAAGAUCGCAGUUUGAUGUUCACGAGUGUAGCUGGUAUUACUCAUUUGAUAGAGUUGCCACUAACCGUGAAGGCGCCUCUAAAUUGGGUGAAGGUAAAUAGUACCAAAAAAACAACUCGCUAUCACCCUCCUGAGGUUUUGAUGGCUUUGGACCAGUUAUCCUUGGCAAAAGAGGAGCUUACUCUUGUUUGCCAAGCUGCUUGGGAGGGUUUCUUGAAGGCCUUUGGUGGAUAUUAUGCUGAGUUCCAAGAGGCUGUCCACGCUCUAGCUGCCUUGGAUUGCCUGCAUUCACUUUCCAUUCUUUCGAGGAAUAAGAAUUAUGUUCGUCCAGUCUUUGUCAAUGAUAAUGAGCCAGUUCAGAUACAGAUAUCUUCUGGCCGUCAUCCUGUUAUGGAGACCGUAUUACAAGAUAAUUUUGUCCCAAAUGAUACAAAUUUGCAUGCUGAAGGAGAGUACUGUCAAAUUAUUACUGGACCAAACAUGGGUGGAAAAAGCUGCUAUAUUCGCCAAGUUUCUCUGAUUGCUAUCAUGGCUCAGGUCGGUUCCUUUGUACCAGCACUAUCUGCAAAGCUGCAUGUGGUAGAUAGUAUUUAUACUCGAAUAGGAGCUUCUGACAGUAUUCAACGAGGAAGAAGUACCUUUUUGGAAGAACUGAGUGAAGCUUCUCUCAUACUGCGGAAUUGCACGACCCGCUCGCUGGUUAUUAUCGAUGAGCUUGGCAGAGGGACAAGUACACAUGAUGGUGUAGCAAUUGCCUAUGCUACAUUGCAAUAUCUUCUUGAGAAUAUAAGAUGUAUGGUCCUAUUUGUCACCCAUUACCCUAAGAUAGCUGAUAUCAAGAAUGAAUUUCCAGACUCCGUGGCAGCAUAUCAUGUUUCAUAUCUGACUUCGCAGAAAGAUGAUCAACUGGGUUUAGACUCUAACUUGACUAUGGAUGGCAUGAAUCAAGAACAUAUCACUUACCUUUACAAACUUGUGCCUGGUGUUUCAGAAAGGAGCUUUGGCUUCAAGGUAGCUCAGCUUGCAGAGCUGCCAUCGUCCUGUAUUGGACGAGCCAUUGAAAUGGCUACAAGAUUGGAAGCAGCAGUAUGCAACAGAGAGAGAGAAAGGCUGGUGAUGAAAUGUGCCACAGAAAGUGAAAUGAAUUUAAGCGAUAAAGCAAAGGCGAGAGAAGAUGAAGAAAGAGAAGAGAGUAUCUUGAAUCCUGUUGAUUCCUUGGAUACUGGAAAGAUCGAAAGCUUAAGAGUAUUUUGCGAUGCUUGGAGGGAGUUCUUUCCAUACUUGAACCUUGCAGUUUCAGGAGAAAGUGAUGAUGCAGAAAGGUUCCAAAUUUUGAACCUUGCGAAAAGACUUGCACUUGAGUGGAUAAACAGAUGAAUGUGUACCGAAGUUAUUGUUUUGCGAGUUAUCUAUUGUUUAAUCCGCAAUAGUCUUUGCAAUUGCGGUUGCCUGGAAUCCUUGCUUGGGUGCUGUCCGUUGUCUUUUAAUUCCCCAUGUAACUGAUGAGUUAUUUCUGCAUUUUGGCCCAGUUAAAAGAGGAUUUCUAUGCUG